AUGAUCGCGAUCAAGUCCGAGCAGCCGCUGCCAGCGGAGGGCGCGGCCCGGGGCGAGGGCGCGCGGGGGGAGGGCGCGCGGGGGCCGCUCGUGCGCUCGUCCGCCGUGAGCCAGAAGUCUGUGGAGCUGGUGCUGCCCGAGGGCUCCGGCAACCCGCUGCACCGCUCGCGUCUCGCGCCGCAGCGCUCCACCACCUCCGAGACGCAGUCCACGGGGAAGAAGAUCAUCAGCCUAAGAAAAACUAAGAACCAGUCGUCGAUCGAGUCAACGAUGAGCCUGCCGAACCAGAAGUCGCUGGAGAAGAAGCACGGCAGCCUGCGGCACCAGAAGGCGGUGGCCGUGUCGGAGGUGGCGCUGAGCGCGCCGCCGCUGGCCGACGACCGCAAGGCGCUGCGCGAGGCGCUCUACCAGGGCAUCUUCCACCGCCACCGCCGGACCAUCUUUGCCGUCGGCUCCUUCCUGCGCAUGCUCAAGAGCAAGACCUCCAACUACGACUCCAUCCGGUCCGACUCCGACGAGAUAUAGCCCCCGCGAGCGGCGAACUUUUCUAAUUUUAUAGGGGAAUUAUUGAAAAAGUGAAAUACAUGGUGCCAUAGACUGAUCGACUGAUCACACUUUUUUGUAUAAAGUGAACGGUUUUUGGAGGCGGAAUAAAAAUGUUGUUGUUAGAUUCUAUUUGGAUGACUUUUAUUUUUAAUAAAUGUUCCUAAUUUUAAUAAUGUGAUUGCCAUUAAAUUACUGUGUUUGUGAACCUAGCUUGGUAGGUUUAGCGCAAAACAAUAAAAUGAUGAUUACGAUGGCACGAUGGCGUAAUAAUAUUAUUUUUAGAAAGGUAUAUUCUUGUUAAUUUUCUGCCAUUAAUUAUAAUACUAGGCCAGGUGCGCAAAGCAAUUGUUGUUAUUUUGUCGUAAAACUAACUAUCGAAUAAUUAAUUAAAGAAAGUGACAUUAUUACAAUACAUUGAACAACGCGGAUUCGGGUGUUUUCGAUAUAAUAGACAUCAUCAUUUUUGUCAAAAUCGUCCAAUCGUAAUACAUUUCGAUUAGAAUAUUUGCGACUAAACCACUGUUUCACCCAUGUCUCAUCUAGAACAUAAAAACUGAUUAUGUAGGUAGGAUUUCUAUCUCACACAUAGGAACCUAACCUUUGCCCGAAACAUUUGAAACAGGCAACAAAUCAGCAUUUCAUCGCUGACUAUUUUGCUUCGAAUAUUGACUUCAAUUAAUUGAACGACUUGGGGCCAUGUGGAGUAUAGAGAAUGGGUUGAGUCGUGCAUGGCACGAGGCGGUAUGAUUGGCAAACGUUAUAAAAAUGGAUAACCCAAGGAACAUACAGUGCUUCUUUAAAGCCUAACCUAAGUAUACUUGGUAUGAAGGAAUAAAUAUUAGUUAGGCGAAUGGCGCAUUACGAUUAUCUUGCAGCAUACAUAUAUGUAUAAGAAAAACUAUGUUGUAAGUGCAAUUUUAAGUGACCAUGCAUCUCUUACAAAAACAAUACACAGUAGCACGAUUAUAAAAUCAAAUAAGUAGGUAACUACUUACGUAAAUUGGAAAAUUGAUAUUCAAGUGUUCGCCGAAGCUCAUGCAAUGGCUACACCAACUUUUCGCCAUUGAUUUUAUGUCAAAAGUAAAAUUCAACGUGAAACUGAACUCUAGAUUCGGUAAUCGUUUCUAAAUCCAGCCUGAAAAAAAGGUCAUAAUCUACCAAAUUAUAUGCAGCAAUUUUAAAUUCAGCUGAUAG